GGAAUCUGGAUUUAAGGAGAAGAGAGGAGAACAACAUUAUUACUAUCUACUAAUAACAAUAAAAGUGUGGGGGGCAAAAUCAAAUCUUUAAAACAAGCAGGUUCAACAUGCAUAAAGCAAGCUAGCCAAUUGCUUUCAUCAAACAUCAUCAUCCAUCCAUCCAUCCAUCCUCCCGGAAGUUGCCACAAUUCGACGGCCAAGAUGACGAUCAUCAGAGCACACCGUCUUCAUAAUACCCAGUUUCACUCUCCUCCUCGUCGGUUUCUUCGUCAAUCUCCCGAACUAGUUGCCGAAUCUCCUCAACAGCGGGAUGCAGCCUCGAGAAUUCAUCCUCCAGCUUCUUCUUCUCCGCUCUCCACAUUCCACCAGCCUUACCACAAGAGAUGGUUUCCUCUCAUCAGAGCCAACCAAACUAAUCUGUCUAGCCUCAGACAGCAACUCUUCAGCCUCUUCCCUCAACUCCGACCGACGAGCAGCCAGAUCAUCGUAUUCUUCCCACAGCCUCUUCCUCCUCUCCUUCUUCACACAAGGGUCAUCCAUAAGAUUCAACCUGAUCCCCCGAAUCGCCGAAUGCAUAUUGUGCACUUCGUCGUCCAGCUUCUCGUUCGCUGAGGCAUAUAAUCGAACACAUUCUACCAGCAUCGAUAGUAUGUCGGUUUUGGAAAUUAUUCUUCCUGCUUUUUUAUAUAUAAAGCCACAAGCCAAAGGUUUCUUAGCCUCGAUAUUCUUCUUUUUUAGUUAGAUUCGGAGAAAAAAAGAAAAACCAGAAGGAAAAUCGUACUAUUAUCAUGGCUGUCGUAGUGACGAACGACGUCGCCGGCCAAAACCCUAGCGGCACCGUCGUCAAGAGAUCUAAGGAAGCGGAACGUCGACGGAGGCGGCGGAAGCUAAAGAAGAACUACAAGUUUGAGAACCGAACCAGCGCUGCCGGUGACGACGUCGACGGCGGCCACGAUACGGAUGGCGCCGCCACUGACAGUGACAGCGCCAAGGAGAACUCCGAUCCUCAAAUAAUGAUGCCCAAAGUUGAGGUUGAGUAUGUCGUUGAGACGCUGGAUUGCGAUUUGGGGGAGGAAUUCAGGAAGAUUUUUGAGAAAUUCAAUUCCGCCGGUUCCAAGGAGGAGGAGGAGAAAAAGGACGAGAUUGAUGGAGACGCGCCGCCUAAGAAGAAGGUUGAUUCAGGCGAUGACGACGACGACGAUGAUAAGAAGGAGAAGAAAGAGAAGAAGAACGGGAUUUCUAAUAGAAAGAAAAAGCAACAACAACGGAUGUCGGUGGCAGAGCUGAAACAGAUAAGCUCACGUCCCGACGUCGUUGAGGUCUGGGACACCACCGCCACCGACCCGACCCUGUUGGUGUACCUGAAAUCUCACCGGAAUACCGUCCCGGUGCCAAGGCACUGGAGCCAGAAGCGGAAAUUCUUACAGGGGAAACGCGGGAUUGAGAAACCGCCCUUCCAGCUCCCGCACUUUAUCGCCGCUACCGGAAUCGAGAAGAUCCGGGAAGCCUACGUCGAAAAAGAGGGCAAUAAAAAACUGAAACAGAAGCAGAAAGACAGGAUGCAACCAAAGAUGGGGAAGAUGGACAUUGAUUACCAGGUUCUGCACGAUGCAUUCUUCAAAUACCAGACCAAACCGAAGCUCACCGGCCAUGGUGAUUUAUACUAUGAAGGAAAGGAGUUUGAGGCAAAAUUGAGGGAUAUGAAACCAGGGAUUUUAUCACAGGAUCUGAAAGAUGCACUUGGUAUGCCUGAAGGUGCUCCUCCUCCUUGGCUAAUCAAUAUGCAGAGAUAUGGCCCACCUCCAUCUUACCCUGAUUUGAAAAUUCAGGGGUUGAAUGCACCGAUUCCUCCCGGAGCCAAAUUUGGUUAUCAUCCAGGAGGUUGGGGUAAGCCACCUGUUGAUGGAAAUGGGCGGCCUUUAUACGGAGAUGUUUUCGGAGUUUUCCUGGUAGAACAGCGUCCUAAUUACGAGGACGAACCCAUUGAUAAGAACAAACACUGGGGUGAUUUGGAGGAGGAAGAGGAGGAGGAAGAAGAAGAAGUAGAAGAAGAGCCAGAGGAGGAAGAAAAGGUUGAUGAACAAGUAAUGGAAGAUGGUAUUUCGAGUACUCACACCGCCACCACCGGGGUCGAGACACCGGAAGUUAUCGAUCUGCGUAAGCAGCAGAGGAAAGAAGAGCCAGCUGCUGAUAGAGUUCUGUAUCAGGUUCUGGAGCCGCAGAGAGCAAAUGUGGAUCCGGGAACCUUUUUUGGGACAAAUUACACGUACCCGGUUCCAGGGGCGCAGGAUAAUAAGACGGGUGCCAAGAGGGUUGAUCUGCUCAAGAAUCAGAAAACAGAUAAAGUUGAUGUUGCAUUGGCACCUGAGGAGCUGGACGAAAUUGAGCGAGUUUUGCCGGCCAAAUAUGAAGAGGCUCGGGAGGAAGAGAAGUUGCGGAACCAGCGGGAAGAUUUCAGCGACAUGGUUGCCGAGAAUUCGAAGAAAAGGAAGAGGAAACAGAAUGAGAAAGAAUCCAAGUCCAAGAAGAGGGAUUUCAAGUUCUGAAGGAGAUUUGCCACUUGCUCGCGGCCUCACCAAUAGAGGCUUCUUGGCUUUUGCUUUUAUGAUUAUAAUAACAAAAAUCGGGGUGAAAAUGAACACAUUAUUCUUCUCUAAGGACCACAGGCUAGUAAUAGAAAUCAGAGGCGGGGAGAAAAUGAAUAACUACCUAGAAAUUUGUUAAUGUGGGAUUUAAGAGUAAUGCCAAUGUCAAAAUCACAUAUUAGAGUAGAUAUUUUUGAUAAUACAGUGAAUACAUACCAUUUCUGGUUUACAUGUGCAACUAUUCUGAAUUUGUAGCCACGCAGGCGCGGCGCACACAAACAAAAAGCCAUAAUUUUCAGCAAAGUUUAGCCAAAACUAUUUCAGCUUACUAUAUUCUAAUAAC